AGUCCGUAGUACAAAAACCUUUGAUCUCCAAACGAAGUCUAUGAUACCUCGCCUCACCGUACAACCAAGCGCGAAACCAUGCCAAACUUGCAGGCACAACAGCACAAGCUCUGCCUUCCUCGGGCCACGGCGAUCGGCUAGUCUGCCGGCAACGCUUUCGGGGAAUUCGUGACCCCAGACGUGGUCGGUGAACGAAACACCGACCCCAAGUCCCCAACCCACCGAGGUACCCCUAGCCGCGGAAAAGAAACGGCCUUAAAAAGGUGAGCUUCUCAGCGAAUUCCGAUGUUGGCGACCACGGCCGCGGCCGUGCGCCAGCUCUGCGCCGCCGGCGAGGUGCGGUCGGCCCUCGCGGUGCUCGCCCGUGGGACCAAGGCCGGCGACGCGGCGCUGGAUGUGGCCGCGUGCACCGCGCUCGUCGACGGCUGCUGCAAGGCCGGCGACGUGGCUGAGGCCCGGAGGGUUUUCGACGUAAUGCCGCGCCUGGGCUUGGCCCCUAACGAGGUCACCUACACCGCUCUAAUCCACGGGUACUUCAUCCAUGGACACAGAGAGAAGGGUCUCGCCUUGUUUGAGGAGAUGAGGAGAGGCGGAGUCGAGCCAAACCUCUACACCUACAACUGCUUGACCAGGGAGUGGUGCAGGACGGGGGAGCUGGAGCGCGCCCGUAUCCUGUUCGACGAAAUGCCCGUGAAGGGCGUGGUACGCAAUGUUGUCAACUACAACACCCUCAUUGCAGGGCUAUGCAGAAACGGCAAGCUGAGGGAUGCCGUUCAGCUGCUGGAAAUGAUGAGAAUAGAGGGUAUCCGUCCAAGCAUCGUGACGUUCAACCUUCUCGUCGAUGGCUUUGGAAAAGCUGGGAAGAUGUCCAAUGCUUUGCAUUUCCUCAACCAGAUGAAGGCGGCGGGGUGCACACCUAGUGCAGUGACAUACAAUGCUCUUAUUGCCGGGUUUUGUCGUGUGAGAGAUAUGCCCCGGGCGAUCAGGGCUUUCUCCAACAUGAAGGAGCGGGGUUUGUCACCCACAAAAGUGACGUACACCAUACUCAUUGAUGCAUUUGCCAAGGAAAAUGGAAUGGACAGGGCAUUCGAGAUGUUUUCAGAGAUGGAGAAGACUGGUUUGGAGGUGGAUGUGCAUACUUAUGGUGUUCUCUUACAUGCACUCUGCAUGGAAGGGAAGAUGAUGGAUGCCAGGAAGCUGUUCCAAUCAAUGAACUCAAAAGGUGUCAAGCCGAAUAAUGUGAUAUACCACAUGAUGAUCUAUGGAUAUGGGCGGGAAGGGAGCUCAUAUAAGGCUCUGAGGCUGAUCAUGGAAAUGAGGAAGAGUGGCUUGGUUCCAAAUGCUGCUAGCUAUGGCCUGUUGAUCCGUCUUCUCUGCAAUGAAGGGAAGUUCCAGGAAGCUGAGGCUUUGAUUGAUGACAUGGAGCGUGCUGGUCUGCGAACAAGUGAAUCCAUCUGCAGGGUAUUAUUGGAUGCGAAGGCAAGAUUGGAUGGUUCUACUGAUGACUCUUUUACUUAAAGUUGUCAGUCACAUCGUUAUCGUGACAAAGCGAGAAAAUGAUAUGCAGUGAAGCACUGCUAAAGAGGGAAAGUCUACUGAAAUCCGUCUUGUAGCAGCAUUUUGGUCGUUUAUUUAACUUCCCCUCCACAAUGGGCGAGAAUGGUUGGCUUCAUUUUCAACGUAGUGAAAGAUGAAGAUCCAUGGUCAGUUGCCGUGGAUUUGAAGUGUGGCAUACCAAACCCCCCGUGCCACCAACCCUGUCCCUUAGUGCUCUUGCCUUGCCGUCGCCUGAGUGUGCCAUCGGAAGUCCACGUGGCCGUAAUGACGGCGGUGGCGGGCCUAUCUCCUACCUACGCCGCGGGAUUGCUCCUCUCGGCGGCUGAAUCUGUGUGGCCAUCUACUUCUCCGUGAGGCUGAAGGAGGCGACGACACCGGGGAUUGAGAGGUGUCUGCUGCGGCGACGGGUAGCGUCACAUCCUUGGCAGCGGCAGCCCAGAUCCAGGCAUUGGCAGCGGCUCGAAUCUGUGUUGGGCUGGGCCGAGUGUCGGUGUGUAGAGCUCGGUGGGGGUGACAGCGUGAAAGUGCAUCUAGGUCUCUAUGUGAGUUUUGGAUAAUUGAUGACAAACGAUUUAAGGAUUAAUGAGUUUAUCAAAGUUAUGAACAAGUUUUAGUCCCAUCAAAAAGUUAAAUAACGUUAGCAUCUCCUAAAAGGAAAAGAGAUGCGAUAUGUAGUCAAUCAAUAGAUUUAAAUUGAUUUUAUUUUCGAAUUUGAGUAUAGGUAUGCCCUUCUAUCAAGAGAGAUAUGUAUAGAUUGACUUGAAGAUGUCUCUGUGCUCAAAGCAUCCAUAUAGACCAAAGAAGAGAGACAUAA